AUGGCAGAUCUUAUAAUCGGCUAUAGAUGGAAUGAGAGUUUAAUAGCUCAGUUGUUCAAUGAUAGAGACAGGAGUUGUAUUUUGAACAUCCCUCUAAGUCUUUCUUCGCAUCCAGAUGCGUGGUGCUGGAAGUUUGCGUUCAAGGGUCACUAUUCUGUUAAGAGUGCUUACAGAUUUCUGGUUGUUGAGUUUCGACAUAGGGAAGGUAGUGAGAUAUGGAGUCGUUUUUGGAAGACGAAGGUGCCUCCUAAAGUGCUUAAUUUCUGCUGGCGUGCUUUAGUUAAUGUAGUUCCUUGCCUCUCUUUGCUUCAGUCCAGGAGAGUUCCGGUUGAUUCGAUGUGUCCGUUGUGUCAUGAGGCUCCUGAGACUAUCCUACAUAUUCUUGUUCAGUGUCCUUUUGCCCGCAGUUGCUGGUUGAGUUCGCCUUUGGGUUGGCCUGCAUUCUCCGCUCCCUCUCUUAGGGAGUGGUUCUCUUUAGCCUUCCUUACUGCUUCUGCGGAGAAUGCUUCCCUUAUUCUAAUGAUAUGUUGGGCUUUGUGGCAUAACAGAAAUAAUGUUGUUUGGAAAGCUCAGGGUCGAACUGCGAGUGGUGUGUUCUUCAUGGCACUGAAUUUUUUGCAGCAAUGGAGGGGGGUCUGUUCUGAUUCUACCAGCUGCACCAAUGUUGUAUCGGCUUUGACUGUUUGGUCUCCUCCACCGCAGGGUUGGAUUAAGGUUAAUAUUUACGCCUCUUUAAACUUGCAACGAAGUUCGCUAGGCUUUGGCUGUGUAGUCCGAGAUGCUAAUGGUAGAUUUAUAGCGGCUAAAGCAGGCUGUUUUUGCAGUCAGAUGGAGGUUAAGUGUGCUGAAGCAGUGGCUUUUUGA